AUGGAUCUAGAAGAUUUUAGCGAAGUCUUAGUGGAAUCUACGAAGGUAAUAAGAGAAUGCUUCAAAAAAUUUCAACUAGACGAAGUAUUUCUAUCGUUCAAUGGUGGAAAGGAUUGCACAGUUUUAUUAGAUCUUACAAUAAACAUAUUAAAAGAUAUAUACAAACGUAACGACAUAGGAAAAGAUUUAAAAAUAGUGUACAUUAGAACAUUAGGGCCUUUUAAAGAAAUAGAGGCUUUUGUGGAACAAAUAGAAACCCAUUAUGGCGUUAAAUUAAAGGUAACCGAAGGUGAGAUGAAGUCGACGUUGCAAAAUAUAUUGGAAGAGGAUAUCAAAUUAAAAGCAUGUCUAUUGGGCACCCGACGUACAGAUCCCUAUAGUGGAGAAUUGAAAUUUAUGCAGAAAACUGAUUCACACUGGCCGCAAAUUGUUAGAGUAUCACCAUUACUUAAUUGGAGUUACCAUCAAAUAUGGAGUUAUAUUCUACAAAAUAAUGUGCCUUACUGUAGUUUAUAUGAUAAAGGAUAUACAUCAAUAGGAAGUAUGCACAACACUCAGCCAAACCCGUCUCUAGCAUACAAGGAUGUCGGAGGCACGUCGUACCGCCCCGCUUGGAUGUUGAAGGAUCCGUCGUUGGAACGCGCCGGUCGUCGCACUAAAAACACCCUAAAUGGCCACAAUGUUCAAAGUACAAUCGAAAAGUGUCUAUGC